AAGUAAUUUUGAACUGAUAAAAAAAGRCUAGGUUUAGAAGCGGUGUUGUGUGCCAAAAUGUAAUGGCCAAACGGGCAAAUGAUAUGUGAGUUAAUUUAUACAAAGCUACCGAUCAAAACAAAUUCAAACAAUUCACCAAGUCCUGCAAGGUAGGUGUGUUUUCUUGCAGGUGCUUGAGAAAAACAAACUACCUAAUAUCGGAAAAAUUCCUUUAGAGCUUUGGGUUAGCGGUAAGCGAAGAACAAGUCGUCCAGGAGACAGUUGUAUACGACCCAAAAUGGAAGUCACUUUGCUGAUACUGUCAGCAUUCAUAUGCGGAACUUUGGCCGUUCCCCUCGUACGAGAAAGAAGACAGUACGCCGUGCAGUAUGGAACUACUUAUUCAUCUCCAUAUUCAUCAUAUUAUGGGAUGCCUAUGCAAGCACAAGAGACUGAGUGUCAAAUGAGGCGACGCAUGAGCGAGCCAUCGUGGACCAAGCCUGAAUGUAAUCCUGAUGGCUCGUUCAGAGAGUACCAGUGCGAGCCGUACUCGAGGUUCAAGUGUUGGUGCGUGUACUCUAACGGCAUGAUGAUUCCAGGUUCAGAGAAGGACUUCAAAGGUGACCCAGAAGUCGAAAGCAAGAAAAUGAACUGUGCAGCCAAACGUGCCAGCGCCCCAAAACCAGCCCCCAAACCACCACCAGUCAAGACUCCGUACCAGGACCGUAGCAUCGGGUGGCACCUGGCUUACCGAGAUGCCGCUAUAAGAAAUAACCCGUACGGAGCUCUCUACGCCAUGUACGGCUACCCGGCAUACGGCGCAAUGCCUUACUACCCUCAGCCUGCUGUCUCUUACAGCGCCCCGGUGUCUCCCCCUGUAUCUACUUACUCUUCCGCACCUGUAUCUUCUUACACGGGAUGCCCCGAUCCUUGUCUUCCUCCCUGUAAUUGCGUACCUGGUACAUACCGGGGAGUACUUCCACAUGUUAACAAAGGGCAUCUUCCCGUCAAGRCAAUGCCUGUUGCGGAUAAGGAAGAGGAURAGGAAGACGAGGAUGAACCAGAAGAKGAGAAGAAAUCCGAGGAUGAGUCAUCACAAGAUGAUGACGAUGAUGACAAAGAUGAUGAUGAUGUGAACAAUGAAACAGAAAAGAAUGAAGAUGACAAGAAUGCAGUAGCAGCARAAGAAGAAGAAGAAGACAUCGAUAAAGAAAAGGCAAAAGAAGACAAACCCAGCACGAAAAAGGAGGAGAAUAAGAAAGACGAACCAGCUAAGACAAAGGUCGAAAACAACAAGAAAGCUACUCCAGAGAAAAAGGAAGACACCUUAAACAAGAAGGAAGUUAAAGAAACCAAGACUGUUGUCGAAACGAAAAAGAAUGACGAAAAAACGGUCAAAAAGACACAAGAUGCCAAAAAGAGUGACAAACCAGAGAAAAAGGACAAGCAAAUCGAUGGUAUUGAUGAAGAAGACGAAGAAGACGUCUAACCAUAGUAACCAUUGAUUGUCUAACGACCAGUCUUUCAUUUAUUGUUCUCGUCGUGUAACUGAUGGUGKUGUAAAGUUUCGUAUUAAAAUCGUCAAAUUUUGAAGAAAAACA